CUGCUGUCCGCCCGCUCCAUUUCCGAGGCGAAGGUAGAUCGGCGGCGGCGGCGCGAGGAGGGGAGGGAGGGAGGGGAGGCGGGCAAGAUGAGCGGGAGCGGCGUGGCGAAGAAGGUGGCGGGCGCCGCGGCGAAGGCCGGCAAGGCGAUCGACUGGGACGGCCUGGCCAAGAUGCUCGUCUCCGAGGAGGCCCGCAAGGAGUUCGCCACCCUCCGCCGCACCUUCGAGGACGUCAACCACCAGCUCCAGACCAAGUUCUCGCAGGAACCCCAGCCAAUUGACUGGGAGUACUACAGAAAAGGAAUUGGAUCAAAAGUUGUCGAUAUAUACAAGGAGGCCUACGAAAGCAUAGAGAUCCCCAAGUAUGUUGACACUGUUACUCCUCAGUACAAGCCAAAGUUUGAUGCUCUGUUGGUAGAGAUGAAGGAAGCGGAAAAGGCAUCACUGAAGGAAUCAGAGAGGAUAGAGAAGGAGAUUGCUGAAAUGAAGGAGAUGAAGAAAAAGAUCAGCACGAUGACCGCAGACGAGUACUUUGCGAAGCACCCUGAACUCAAACAGAAAUUUGAUGAUGAGAUCCGCAAUGAUUACUGGGGAUACUAAGACGCAGCAGGUCUUCCAUGUCACCAUUCUUUUGAACAUCUAAUAAUACAUCUUUUUUACCUUAAUGCGCAUGGAAGUUGACCAUCCAAACUUGAAUCACAUAGCGAGUGGUUGGGAGGCACCAAAAUUCCAACUAACUUGGCUGUUCUUGUACCAUGAUCAGACCUAUCAUUUUAAGGUUCAACAGUUUCUGUCAUAAAAAAAUUAGUUUUCGCUUCUGGGUUCGUAAAACUGAUACUAAAAUUUCUUCUGGCCUUGAUUGCUGCCAUACUU